AUGGUCGGAUGUCGAUUGGAACCCGACGGCGUGAGCCGCACGGCAACGGUGAGUGCCUGCGAGCGAGCAGCGCAGUGGCGUUGGUCGCUGCAGUUGUUGGAGCUGCCAGUGGUUGGGAUCGGCGCUGCGUCGAUGGGCAUCAACGCGGCGAUCAGCGCCUGUGGUCGGAGCUGGCAGUGGGAGCAGGCGUUGGCGCUGCUGGCGUCUGCGGAGGACCCAGACAUUGUCGGCACCAGCGCGGCCAUCAGCGCAUGCGGGCGGGCUGCGCACUGGCAGCUUGCCAUCGCCAUAUUCGGAGGCAUGCAGAUGGCUGCUGAUGGUGUCGCGCUGGGCGCGGCGCUGAGUGCUUGUGCGGCCGGGGGCUGCUGGGAGGGCGCCUUGGCAUUGCUCGCAUCCUUCCGCGAGGACGGCGCGGCCCCCAGCGAGGUGGCGCUCGGCGCCGCGCUGGCGGCAUGCCUGACUGCGGCAGCGUGGCGAGCGGCUCUGGAGACCGUGGGCGCGCUGCAACGCCCAGGGGCGAUGAGCGCCGGGUUCGUGGCAGGUGCCUGCACCCGCGGCGGCCACGCGCCACAUGCUGCCGGCGCGCUGAGGGCUCUGGGUGCAGCGGCCGCCGGCAGCUCCGGUUGCUCGCUGGCGGGGGCCGCAGGACUGGGGGAGACCGCCUCGGCAGCCGGGGCCCUCGCCGGGGUGUCGCAGCGGCCCCCGCGGCCGGUCCUGUGGCGGCUGGGCAGGCUGAUCCCGGGCGAGCUCGCCGCGACGCGCCGCGGCGGGCGGGCCGCGGGGCAGCGCGGCCGCACGGCGUCACCGUGGCUGAAGGAGGUCUGCGAGCCGGGCCCGUGCAGCGUCCGGCAGUGGCUGGACGGCGGCGCCGCGUCCUGCCCCGCCGGGGCCGACUCGCUGCAGGGGCGGACCGUCGACGCGGGCCGGCGUGCCAGCACGGGGCUCGCGCCCAGGCCUAUGCUCGGAGAGCGAAGAGGUGGACCGGACCAGAAGAUACCAUAG